AUGGCCGAUGAAUUCGAUCCAUUAAAACAAACAAAUGAUAAAUCAGACGAGCCUAUAUAUGCAAAAAUACAAAGGAGUGUUUCGAGCAACAAUGAUGAUGAUCUUCUUGGCCAUGAAUAUGAAAGUGUUUUAAAAACAGAACCUAAUUCAGUAAAUACAUCAAUUGAACCAAAGUCAAAACCAGAUGUUUAUGAAAAACUAAAUCAUAUGAAUACUGCACCGAAAAUUCCAUUUCGAUCAACAAAUCCAUUUGAUGAAGAUAUUAAAAAACCAUCAUUAUCAAAUCAAAUUAUUCAUAAACCUCUGCAACAAGCAAUAAAACCAACAGUACUUGAACAAAAGGCAGAACAAAAAUUGCAAAGCCAAAAUUAUGAAGCAGGAAUCGUAACCAGUGGUUAUUAUAAUGAAUAUUAUGAAGAUCCAUCGUCUAAAAAGAAAGGAUUCGGUGCAACACUCGAACGUCUUGUUCAACGGUUUCCAGUUUUAAGUAUGUUCUAUACUCCAAAACCAGCUGCUCCAGUUGAAGUCUAUGAAACUGAAUAUGAAGAAAAAUAUGUUGAAGAAGAAGAAGAAGUAGUAGAAAAUGAUGAAGCACCACAAUUAGUAGAGGCAGAUCAAUUACCACACGAAUUAACAAGUGAAGAAUUAGCUUUAAAUGAACGUUAUUCAAAUAAAGAACGCACACAGAUAAUAUCUCUACAAAUAACAAGUCAAACACAACCAAUUGAUGUAUGUCUUCAUCAUGAAAGUUACACAAUAUAUUCAUGCGAUGUUGGUCGAAGUGUUGUGGAAAUAUUUGAUAUGUAUGGAAAACUUCAACAUACUAUUAAUGAUUCAGCAACAACGAAAUUUCAGCCAACAGCUAUUGCUGUUGCAUAUGAUGGAACAAUAAUACUUGCAAGUCAUUUUAAUCAUCGCCUUCAUAUGUAUUUGCCUGUUGAUUUACAAGAAAAUCAAACUAGUGAACAAAAUAAAACUUUCACAGAUGAAUAUAAUUUUCAGCAAUACAAACUAGGUUCACCUGGCCAUAGUGUAAAUCAAUUUCAUUUUCCAGCUGGUAUUGCUGUUGAUUAUACUGAUGGUUAUCUAUAUGUAUGCGAUCGAGGAAAUUACUGUAUCAAAGUUCUACGACCAGAAGGAAUAUGUGAACGAGUUAUUGAAUUACGUUCACAUGAUCCAAAAGAGAAUAAUAUAGCUCCCAUACAAGUUGCUCAUCAACAAAUUGGAGAACAUAUUGCUUGUCUUACUGGUAAAGGUGAAUCUUUAUGCUUUGUUUCGAAAUAUGCUGAAGGACCCACAUAUGUUGAAUGCUUUACUAUUGUUGAUAAUGAUGGAUUAGGUCUUCGCGGUGCUUCAGGCAUAGCUAUAGAUUCAGAAGAUCGAAUUUUUAUAUCGGACACAGGUCAUCAUCGUAUUGUUAUAUGUACACCUGAAGGUACUUAUAUAACACAUUUUGGCAUGGAAGGUAGUGAACCAGGCGAAUUAAAACGCCCAUGUGGUUUAGAUAUCACAAUUGAUGGAACAAUUAUUGUUGCCGAUAGUGGAAAUAAACGAUUGCAGUUAUUUGGUUCAGUACUUGAACAGGCAGCUGAAGAAGAUCCACCAUCAGCGAAAAAAUCGGAUAAUAAAGCAAGUUCAUUAAACAAUACAGUACCGGCUAUACUGUAG